UGGUGGUGAUUUUCAUUUCAAAAUCUCAAAAUGCACCAUUAAUAGUGGACAAAAGAGAAGAUCAUAUAUUGAUUGAAAUUAUCGAUAAAAUUCAACGUUAUUCACCAGUGGUCUGUUGUGGUAGUCCAUCAGAAUCAAGACCAACAUGUAAACAUUAUUGUUGUGAUAAACCAGACAAAGAAGAUAAACCUAAACCAACAACUCAUAAACCAUUGGACAGCGGUGGAAAUUCUAGCCCAAAAUCGACUAAAAAGCCACCAAUAAAUAAUGUACCACAGCCAUCAACAUAUGUUGUUUGUUUUUCGUUUGAAAACAUUCUGACCAUCAUUGAAUUUCGUCAUGAUAAUCAUUUCAUACAUGAUUGUGUUAUAUUUGAUCAAACAAUCGAAGAACGUAAACAACAAUCACAUUAUUAUAUGGAAUAUUAUGCGGCAAAAAAUCGAACAUUUUUCAGUCAUCAAAUUGAUUUCAAUAUCAUGUUACUAAUGAUACGAUCAUGUACAAUGAAUGCAUUCGAACAACAACAACAAUUACAAGUCACACACAACACUGGAAACAUUAAUGUGUGCGGUUUUCAUGAUAUAGCCAUUGAUUAUUGGGAUUUGGGUAAAGCAUCAUCCGUAGAUAUUUGUUGCCGUGAACAUGAUCAUUGUCCAAUACGGAUAUUGCCAAAUGAAAAACAAUAUGGUAUUGAUAAUGGCGGGAAAUUUACAUUAUCACUUUGUCAAUGUGAACAAUUAUUUUAUGAUUGUCUUGAUCAUGAAAGUCAUUCAUCAUAUGGACAAGAAAUAAAACGAAUAUAUUUUAAUCUAUUACGAUUAAAAUGUCUUGAACCUAUUGAUUGUCAAGCAAAAUGGAUAUAUAAUAAUAAUAAAUGGGAAUUAAAAAAUCGUGAUAAACCAUGUGCAGAUAAAUUUCGUACGAUAAAAUUUAAAAAUCGCCAUAAACUAUUUGGUGAUCAAAAUGACGAUGAUGGUGGACACAAAGAACGGCCGCAAAAAGGACAUGAUGAUGAUGAUGAUGAUAAAUUACCAGAUCAGAAAAGAAAAACAAAUAAACGACGAUGGAAUAAAUGUCGAUCAAAAAAAUAUCCACCAUAUUUACAUACACAUACACAUCAUUUGAGUGUUUCAAUAAAUCGAUCCUAAAGCAUCA